CCUCCUAAUCUCCAUAUCCCCCAAACUCGCCCUCCACAGUGAACAAACAAAAGCCCUAGUUUCAUCGAUGUUUUUUUGUUUACUGUAAAAUUCACGCGAUUUCAGUAGUUGAAUCAAUAAUAAAAAAUGAAUCUGAAGACAUAGAAGCAAAAAAGGGUUCGAUUUGGCGAAGAAGACGUCGACCAAUUCCCAAAAGGCGCAGCUCACUUUUCUCAAAAUCCAACAAUGGGUUCAGUCAACUACGAUGAUGAAACGAGGUCCACCAUUAGUGAUCAUGGGGAUAUUGGCAAUGUGGAUUUUGCAAAUGAUGGAUCUUUCUAUGAUUAUGAUCCAGGGAAUGAGGGUCCGAUUAUCAUAUCAGUUCCUUUUCCUCUAGUCGAAGGGAAGCCUCAGUUCGUAGCCGUAGGUGAAACUACAUUUAAUUCUAUCACCAUUAAGAACACAACCACUGAUGCAGUAACUCUGUGGUCAGUUGAGAUAUAUGACUCGAAACCAAAGGACUCAUUUACACUCUCAGUAAUGGAACCUCCCUCACAUGGUUCACAUGAGGAAUAUAUCCGAUCAUUUGUCGAGUCAUUUUCCUUGGAGGACAGGACUUUGCAAGCUGGUAAAACCUUAACAAUUUGGUUAUCGUGCAAAGCAAUGGUCAAGGGUCUGCACACAACGGCUGUUCACUUUAAUGUCGAUGAUGAUAGGAUAGAGAGGAUGGGUUUUAUCAUGGCUGAAGAUAAGAUAUCACGGUCUUUGACUUCUAACAGACCAUACAACAGACCAAGGAGAAACAAGCCAUUGCUCCCCAGAAUAUUUUCCCCUGGAGGGGAUAAUGUGGGCAUCAAAAUAAUCAGGGGCUCUCGUCCUGCCAAGGCUUCUGGUCGAGUAUACAGAUAUAAGCUUCCAGAAUAUCCGAUCCCCAAGAAUGUUAGGGAUAUGAUUGAAAGUAAGACGACUCCUGAUUCGCUAAUCGAAGGUUUAACAAGAACGAGCUAUGUCUCUUUCUUUAGAACCUUGCUUAUUAUGGAAGAAAUAAAAUUAGAGGAUGACAUGAGAACAUAUGACAUGCAAGGUGUUGCUCUGAAGAGAAAAUAUGGGUGCCUGGCUCUUGAAGUUCCAGGACUGGCUGAGAGAAGACCGUCACUCGUUUGUGGAGAUUUCAUUCUUGCAAAACCUACAUAUCAGAAGGAAGACAUGUCUGCCCUGUAUAAGGGGCACAUCUUACGUGUUGAGGCUGAAGAGAUUCACCUAUCAUUUCACGAUGAUCUUCACUGUUACCAUUCUGAAGGUGAUCGCUAUGAUGUACAAUUUGAAUAUAACCGAUUGGGCAUGCGAAGAUUAUACCAGGCAGUAGAAGCUGCAGGAAAGUUAGAUACAGAACUUCUCUUCCCUGAGUUUUCUUCAAAUUCUAGAUGCAUUGAAACCUCUCCAUUGGUUCCAAUCUCUUGUAAGCUCAAUGAGGAGCAAAUGAGUUCAGUUGAGAUGAUCCUUGGCUGCAAAGGAGGCCCUCCAUAUGUUGUUCAUGGUCCACCUGGUACUGGUAAAUCUGUGACUCUUACUGAAGCUAUCCUUCAGCUCUACACAACUCGAAGGAAUACCCGAAUGCUUGUUUGUGCACCUUCAAAUAGUGCUGCAGAUAACAUCUUAGAGAAACUUGUUAUGGAGAAUGCUGAAAAAAUCCGAAAGGGGCACUUGUUGAGGCUCAAUGCACAAGCUCGUUCUUUAGAGGAUAUCCGAUCUGAUUAUCUGGAAUUUUGUUGUAUUAACGAGGAAGAGAGUGUCUUUAACUGUCCUAUAUUUGAACAACUUGUGAAGUAUAGGAUUGUAAUAUCGACUUAUACAAGUGCUGCUCUUCUGUAUGCGGAAGGCCUUCAAGCUGGCCACUUCACACAUAUCUUCUUGGAUGAGGCAGCCCAGGCAUCAGAGCCCGAAACAAUGAUCCCUAUAUCCCAUUUUUACAGAAGAAAUACGACAGUUGUUCUUGCUGGGGAUCCAGUGCAGCUAGGUCCUGUAAUUUUUUCUAAAGAUGCAGAAAGUUAUGGUUUAGGGAAAUCAUACAUGGAGAGGCUGUGUGAAUGUAGAUUCUAUAAGGAAGGUGAUCAGAAUUAUGUGACUAAAUUGGUAAGGAACUACCGUUGCCACAAAAAAAUUUUGUUCCUUCCUUCAGAGUUGUUCUAUAAGGGGGAUCUAAUCUCGUGCAAAGAAGAGGAUACAUUGUACCCUUUAACUUGGAAAGAACUCCUUCCUGACGCAGAAUUUCCGGUACUUUUCCUAGGCGUCCAAGGUGUUGAUGAGAGAGAAGGGAAUAACCCAUCAUGGUUUAAUAGGAUUGAGGUAAGUGAGGUAGUUGAGAUUAUCAUGAAUUUGAUAGAGAAGGGGCUGCGGAGUCAAGAUAUUGGGGUCAUAACACCGUACAGGCAGCAGGUACUCAAAAUAAACAGGGCACUUGAAACUUUUGUCAAGUCAGAGAUCAAAGUUGGGACAGUGGAGUCAUUUCAAGGGCAAGAAAGGGAAGUCAUAAUCAUAUCUACUGUUCGAUCAACAAUCAAACACAACGAGACUGACAAGAGACAUUGUUUGGGAUUUUUGAGUAAUCCGAGACGCUUUAAUGUUGCCAUUACACGAGCCAGAUCAUUGUUGAUUGUUAUUGGGAACCCACAUAUAAUAUGCAAGGAUGAAUAUUGGAACAAGUUCCUAUGGCAUUGUGCUGAUAAUGGCUCUUAUAAAGGCUGCUUUCUCCCAGAAAAAGAAGAAAUUGUUGAUGUUGGAUCCGAAGGAGAGUAUAACAAUUGGAAUGGUGGAGAGCAAACAAGUUUUGAUGAUUGGAGUGCCAAUGAGAAGAACAACCCCAGAGGUGAGAAUUGGGGCAUGCCUGCAGCAGCAGAAGCCGAUGAUUGGGGCGAUUACCCCUCUCAGGCACCUGCUGGAGCCGAUGAGUGGGGAGAUUACCCCUCUGAGACACCUACAGCAGCCGAUAAUUGGGGAGAUUACUCUACCCAGACACCUGAUAAUUGGGGCGAAAACUCCUCUCAGACAUCUGUUAAUUGGGGCAAAUAUCCUACUGAGGCAUCUUCAGGACCUGAUAAUUGGGGGCAAGACUCGAUACAAGGAGCUGCUGAUAACUGGGGGGAAGACUUGAAACAGACGCCUACAGGAGCUGCUGAUAACUGGGGGGAAGACUUGAAAUAGACUCCUACAGGAGGAGCUGCUGCUGAUAACAAUUGGUAGUGGUAAAUUCCGUAGAAAGGUUUAGUAUUGAGACCUCUCUCAAUCCUUAUGGAACUUUAUGCUACAUCAUGUCAAUAGACAGUCGCCAGUUUGGUAGGUAUUGCCCUUUUGACAUUUCUUUUUCUUUCCUCCGGUGUUUGUGAUUGCGAAAAUGCCUCCUCGCUAAUGGCCUAGUAUUCCUUGACAAGUGUCGUGGUUAAUUUUCCCGAAAGCUAUGUUUUUGUAACAGUUAUUAUGUCCAUUGAUGCUCUUGUUCCGUUCGGCAUCUCUCAGUCCUGGAGGCCGGUAAGCUAAUUUAUUCAAACAUCUUGAAUGGUCUUUUGUAUUGCCACAUAAGUUCUUUUCCUGAACCACCAUCUCCUCCAUAUUAUAGUUUGGCAAUCUAUCUUGUGAGUUUAUUGGAGAA